AUGAGUGUGGCUCCGGUAAACACUCUACAGGGUUUCUUAACCUUUCAGGAUGUGGUUCCAGAGUUCACACUAGAGGAAUGGGAAAGUCUCAGUUUUUCUCAGCGGGCACUGUACAUGGAUGUGAUUUUGGAGACUUACAACAAUCUAUUGUCUGUGGUAAAUCAUCUGAUACGUGGAAAACAUGGGAAGGUCUUGGAACAAGACACAGAGUGCAUUGUCCGUGAGCAUGUGAAUAUCCAAGAGAAGGUUUGUAAAUGGAAUGAGAUUAGCAAAAUGACACUUGAAUCCACCCAAAGUACCCCUUAUAAAACUCAUCUCCGAGAUUCCUCCCUUCGGUCCUCAAACCUGGAAAGACAUAGAGCUGGGAAAACGAGAGAAGUUUACAAAUAUAAAGACUGUGUACAGUUUUCAAAUGAAUGUGCUAUCAUUGGUGUAAUUCCCAAAAUCGACAUAGAGAACAAAGAACACAAAAAUACAGAAUUUGAUAACGAUUUUGUCUAUAAACAUAAACUGAUGCUGAAACAAGACAUUAAUGGUAAGAACCUUCACCAAUGUAAUGAAUGUAAGAAAUGCUUUACCAGAAAAGAGAAUCUUCAUUUGCAUCAGAGAAUUCAUACAGAAGAGAAACCUUACAAAUGCAGUGAAUGUGACAAAUGCUUUGGCCACAAACUUAAUCUGAGAAUUCAUCAGAGAAUUCAUGCAGGAGAGAAACCAUACAAAUGCAGUGAAUGUGAUAAAUACUUUGGCCACAAACUUAAUCUGAGAAUUCAUCAGAGAAUUCAUACAGGAGAGAAACCAUACAAAUGUAGCGAAUGUGACAAAUGCUUUAUCCACCAGGUUCGUCUGAGAAUUCAUCAGAGAAUUCAUACAGGAGAUAAACCUUACAAAUGCAAUGAAUGUGACAAAUGCUUUGGCCAAAAAUCCCAUCUCAGUAGUCAUCAGAGAGUUCAUACAGGAGAGAAACCUUUCAAAUGCAGUGAAUGUGACAAAUGCUUUGGCCAUAAAUCCCAUCUUAGUAGUCAUCAGAGAGUUCAUACAGGAGAGAAACCUUUCAAAUGUAAUCAGUGUGACAAAUACUUUUCCCGAGAAGCCUAUCUUAGUAUUCAUCAGAGAAUUCAUACUGGAGAGAAACCUUACACAUGCAAUGAGUGUGACAAAUGCUUUACUGAAAAAGGCACUCUAAGAAACCAUAUGAGAAUUCAUACCGGAGAGAAACCUUACAAAUGCAGUGAAUGUGACAAAUGCUUUGGCUACAAAGGUAGUCUGAGAAUUCAUGAGAGAAUUCAUUCAGGAGAGAAACCUUACAAGUGCAGUGAAUGUGACAAAAGCUUUACAAAUAGUAACAGUCUUAGAAAGCACCAGACCACUCAUAUAGAUGAGAAAGUUUAG